GCGCAGGUCCUCAUCGACUUCAUGGACGACGAGAACGGGCUGCGGUGGCACGCGCGGCUACUCAUCAUCCAGACGCCCACGCCAGGGGUCUGGAUCGGCAGCACUCCCGACUUCUCGGUCCAGCGGAUCGACCUGAAUGUGCAUCGUGUGAUCGCCCUCGCCCGGGGACAGCCGCACCCCCCGGCGCAGUGGGCGGAGUCGUACGUCUUCGACAACCCCAUCCCCGACGCCGACCUGACGCGCGUCAGGCAGCAGGCGGCCGCCCUGGCCGCCGUGCUGGGCCAGGCGCCUCCAGCGGGCCCAGCGGCCCCGGGCGGCGCGGGGGUGUGGCGAGUGGCCGACCCCGCCGCUCGCAGCUUCGGCGACGAGGUGCCGGCCCAGAUCCUCUCGGACCGCGCCACCUUCAUGACGCCCGAGGCGGCGGCCGACGAGGAGUACCUGAGCGGGCUCGUGCUGAUCGACAACUGCUGGACCUUCUGCCAGCUCGUGGCCGACGACGACCGUGCUGCCUGGGAGCGGGCGCUGGUUUCUGGCAAUCGACGGGACGAUCGCGUGACAGGCGACGCCCGCGAGCCCGUCUCAGGCCGUCGCUUCAUCUCUUUCGCCGACUCUUUCGGGCUGCAGCACGCGGCGGCCGAGCCGCCCUUCCCCUUGAGCGGCAGCCGGGUCACUCACGAGUUCGUGAAGACGCUCCGCGCCACAGGCAUGGAGUGGAUGUCGCACCACCUGGACUUCAUCCACAAGUCGGGCAUCUCGCCCAACAGCAACAUCACGCGUGCACAUCGUAGGCUCACAGAGGCGUUGCACGCCUUCCAGCAGCAGGACAUGUUGAACCUGCCCAGCCUCUCAGGGGUUGAGAUCCUGGUGCGCUACCUCGUGCAGAUCGAGAUGGCGGUGGCCCGCAACCCUCGGAGCCCCGACUUCCAGGACCUGGACGCGGCGACGACGCAGGCGGCGGCGCUGGCGGCGAGGACGGCGGCGCUGGGCGCUUCCGGGGCCGCGGGCGCGGCCGUGCAGGUGGUGGCGGACGCGGCGGUCGGGGUGACGCCCCGGCCGCCGCGCAGGGAUGACUCCUGUCGCGCGGGCUGCGGAGAGACGGCGCUCGCCCCGGUGCUGCCCCUGAGCCUCUCCUCCGGCGUACGGCGGCGGUGCAACCAGGCGAUCAUGGCUCUGAACGACCUGGACGCCCCGCUGGCGGCUGCGCGGCGACUCGCCUCGGUCCUCCCGGCGAACGCCGCCCAAGCAUCUGUACUGCAGCGCGUCCAUCAGCGAGUGGCCGCCUUCGGCGACCCCAUCGGCGUGGACGGUGAUGACGCGCUCUGUUCUCUCCUGAAGUCCAAGGACGUCUACAGCGGCCGGCCGACCCCAGUUCGGCCUUAUGAGCCGCGCCUCCUCAAGGUUCUCGACAGCGGCAUCUCGCCGCAGCCGAUCCGCUCGCUGGUGCCGCCCUGGCUGCUACCGCUGAUCAACGAGCCGGAGAAGCACAUCUUUCGGUCGCAGGCGGUCCUCGACAGCAUGGUGGAGGCCGGCGAGCUCCCACCCAUCUACCCCUACUGGGAUGCGAACCUGCGGCGGGACCCGGUCCUGCGGCUGGGCCUCUUCAAGCAGCUCAUGCGCAUUGGCCUCGUCGGUGUGCGCACGCGCUGCCGUGCCCGCGCCAGCAUCUUCUUCGUUGGCAAGAAGGACGGCUCGCUGCGCAUGGUGAUUGACGGCCGCGAGCCUUCGGCUCUGCAUCGCCGCCCGCCUCGGACCGAGCUCGGUUCGGCGGCGGCCCUCAGCGGCCUCUGCCUCGACGCGGACUUGCUGGGCAGCGACGGGCAGGGCUACCACGGGGCCAGCGCUGACCUGCGCCAGGGCUUCUACCAGAUGCAGUGGCUCGAGAUUGGCAGCUGGUUCUGUUUCGACUACCCCAUGCCCAUCCGCAACUUCGACACGGAUCAGGUGUACGACGAGGUGCACCGCCGCUUCGUGCAGGUCGAUCCCGACACCGUGGUCUACCCGUGCUUCCAGGGCCUCGCCAUGGGCUGGAGCUGGUCGCUCUUCAUCUGCAACGGCAUCACCGAGGACGUCACUCGCGUCGGCAUCAGUCGGGCGCUGUGCAUCGCGCCCGAGGAGGUCAGGAUGGUCUCCGAGCGCUCCCCCUGCGCGCGCCUCGGCGCGGGCGAGCUCGCUGGGGCCUCCUACGUCGACAACGCCAAUGUCGUCGGGUCGCCGCGCCGCCUGGUCGACGCGGCGCUGGAGGCUAUCCUGCUCGAGUUCGAGCGCCGCGGCCUGGCCUACCACGAGGUGUGCUACGCCACGCGGGACUUCGUCUGCUGCGGGGUUCGGUUCGACUUCAGCGACGGCCGCGCGGUGCCGCAGCGCGAGCGGGCCUGGCGGCUGCAUCGGGCGGUCACCGCCCUGAUCGACCGCCGCGGCUGCACGCCGGCGGCCAUGGAGGUUGUGCUGGGGCACGUCGUGCACCACUUCAUGCUCAUGAGGCCGGCCCUCGCUGUCCUGAGCUCCUUGUACCGUGUCGUGUAUGCGCCGGGCGACUACUGCCACUUCGACGCCGAGCAGCUGCGCGAGCUGGGGCUUGUCAAGGCCCUCAUCCCGCUCGCUGGUGUCGACCUCGGCGCACCAUGGCACCCGUGGGCCUACUGCUCUGACGCUAGCCUGUGGGGCUACGCCCUGGCCACUUCACGCUUCGACGAGAGCGAGCUCAGGGACAUCGGCGCCUACCGCGAGCGCUGGCGCUUCGUCGCCAUCGACCGCCACGCCGAUGACCCGGGCGAUCCGCCGGGUACUGAGGUUGCCACGCAGGCCGGCUUUACUGCCGGCAGCGAAGACGCCGCUGUGUUUGCCGGGCUGGAUUUGCCGCCCCGUGCGGGUCGGUCGUCACCGCGCCUGGCAGCACGGCGGAGCCGAGCGGCUCGGGUCGACGUGGAGGCGCCGGCCUCCGCCGCCUGCAGGGGCGGCAUCCCGGCGCUGCCCGACGCCGCCCUCGCAGCUCACAGGUGGCAGCUGGUGGUCCGCGGCGCCUUUCUCUUCUCGGCCCCGAUCCACAUCCUCGAGGGCCGGACGACGCUGCUGGGCCUCAGGCGGGCCACCCGCUCCGUGGCGGCUCACGGCUGCCGCGUGCUGUCCAUCGGCGACAACCUCUCGUCCAUGAUGGCCUUCGAGAAGGGCCGCUGUGCCAACCCGGUGCUCCGCCAGCUGGCCUGCCAGGCUGCCGCGCGGCAGAUCGCCACUGGCAUCCAGCACUACCAUCGGUACUUGGAGAGCAGCCGCAACCCGACCGACCACGACUCCCGGGCGGCCGACCGCUUCGAGCUCGAGCCGGGCCAGACGCAGCGCGGGGCGCCGCGCGACCUGGCCCCGGCGCCCCCCCCAGCGCCGGCCGCCUCGCCGGCCGGCGGCGCGGGCCCGCACCGCCUGGGCGCCCGGCCGCGAGAGCGGCGCCGGGCCCGCCACGUGCUCGAGCUCUACGCCGGCUGCGCCCGCCUCACGGCCGCCUGUCUCGACGCGGGGCUGCAGUCGUGGGUCCCAGUCGACAUCUCGCGGGGGCCCUGGCACGACCUGUCCGACAAGCGCAUCAUCAGCGUGAUCCGCUCCCUGAUCGUGCGCCGGGACGUGUGGUACGUCCACUUCGGCACGCCGUGCACCCCCUUCAGCCUGGCCACCCCGGCGCGCAGCCGGGCCAAGCAUUUUGCCUCUGGUAGUGCUUCGGUUUCGUUCACCAUAGACAUGCUUCGCCUGUGUGAGCGAUUUGGCGUGCGCUGGUCCGUCGAGAAUCCCUCUUCUUCACGUCUCUGGCAUUCUCCCGAGGUCACAUCUUUCUUGGAUCGUCACUGUCACUACUUCGUUCAUAUGCAUUAUUGCCACUACAACUGCCGCUACCUGAAGCCCUCAACCCUUGUCACCAACCUGAAGCCGCUUCAGGCCCUCGAGGCCAGCUGCUCCCGUGAUCACGUUCACGAGGUCCUUGCAGGCAAGGUUCGUCUGGGUCCCAAGAGUGCCUCCGUCUGGAAGACCAGCCUAGCCGGGCGCUAUCCGGAGGCGUUGGCUCGGAAGUGGGCAGGCAUCCUCCGCGAAUGCGCUCCCGCGGCAGGCCGUCUCGAUGGUGCUCGCCCUGAAUGCCGAGGGGAGGCUCAGCUGGCAGCCGCCGCCGAGUGCGACGACUGGACGCGCACGCCAGACCCCGUCUGCCCCGCCGCGGGCCACCAGGAGUGGUCGCCCGACCAGCUGGGCUGGGGCAGCUGCGCGGCGCAGGCCCCGCGCCGCCGCUCGCGCCUGGCUGUGGGCUCGCAGCGGGCCGCCAACAACGACGUGGCCCGCGAGGACUUCCUGGCUCGGCGCCGCGUGAAGCCCCUGACCCAGCAGCACUACGCCCGGGCUGCGGCCGAGGUCCGGCGCUUCGCGAUUCAGCAUCGGUACCCGCUGGCCACGCCAGCUCAGAGAGACAAGCUGAUGGUGGACUACCUGCAGAGCAUCUUCCUGGCGGGGGACGGGAUCUUCGCCGCGCGGACCGCCCUCUACGGCUACGCGUUCGAGGAGCAGGUCAACCUCAGGGACGUCACGGAGUUCCCCCAGGCCCGCCUCACGCUGAAGGGCUUCGCGAAGGCGUCGCCCGGCGAGCAGAGGGACCCCUGCCCCUGGGAGGCGGCGCUGCUGAUCAUCGAUCAGUGCCUCACCUCCCACUGCCCGCGCCAGCAGCUCGUGGGGGCCGGCGUCGCCGUGGCCUUCGACGGCUACCUGCGCCUCUCGGAGCUGCUCCACCUGAAGGCCUGCGACGUGACCUGCCUCCGCCACUCCGCGACGUCGGCCUACCCCCAGGUCUCGAUCACCUUGAUGCCGGCCGCCCCGGCGGACUGCCCUCCGUCUGUGACGACGAAGGCCGGCGAGUACGACGACACGGUUACCUUCGGCGGCAUCGGCAGCGCCGGCAUCUCGCGGCGCUGGGUGGCCAAGCUCCUGCGGGACCUCAAGGCCACCACGCCGCCGACCAGACCGCUCUUCCCGUUCAGCCACCGUGAGUUCGAGGUCGCCUUCCGUGAGGCGGCUGACGCUGCCGGCUUGCAGCGCCUCCGUCUCUGCCCGCACUCCCUUCGGCACGGCGGGGCCUCGACGGAUUUUGCGCUGAAGCAUCGCUCCCUGGCGGAGGUGCAGCGUCGGGGCCGCUGGAAGUGCGCCGCCAGCGUGCGACGCUAUGAGAAGGCCGGCCGCCUCACACGCCAGCUCGCCAAGUUGUCCCGAGGCCAGCUGUCAGAUGCCGCUCGUGUCGGCAGGAGGCUGGCCGCCAAAUCUUCUUUCGUCUUCGGCGGCCGCUCAGAGAG